AAGUCUUAGCAUAAACUUAUACAGAUUAAUCCUCAAAUCAUGUUUGCUCAGCAAAGGUUUGCUGAUUUGUUGUUUCUCUUCUGUUAAAUAGGUCUUGGUCAACUUAUUUCAGGAUCGGCAUGAGUGUUCGGACACCGUCGGAUUUCUUGACCCAGUACAAAUCCAUAUCGAACAAGCUUAAAAAGAAAUUCCUGAGGAAGCCGAAUGCCUCUGAACCCAGCGAUCAAUUUGCAUCGCUUGCUGCACAAUGUGAGAGAUUCGACCUUCCGCAGUAUGCUGCAUUGAGUUGGUUGGCCGUAGCCAAGUGUGAAUCUUCACUCGAGCACCCGAACGAGGAAGCGACCGCUCUAGUCAAAGCAGGACGGCUUUUCCUCCAGGCCGACAGCAGAAACAUAAUCGGCUGUGAUGAACACUUACAGGGUGCGGUCAGCUGCUUACGACAGGCUGAGAAGCUCUGGGGACCCGACAAUGCCUUGUCAGUUUCACUCUGCCUGGAAAUGGGCGAAACGCUGAGAAAAUCAUCGCCGCACAUUGCGAUUAUGUAUUUGAGCAGAGCGUGUGACCUCUUACAACAUUCGCCUCCGAUGUUGCUCAAUGCACAAGGAAAGCUCGCCUCGGUCAAAAUUUCUGCCGGUGAUUAUCAUGGAGCUUUGUCGGUUUUCACUGAUAUGGUUGGAACAGUACAAAAAAUUACUUUGUCCCCGUUUGGAGUUUACACCGAUGUUCUAGUCAGAUGUGAAAUUUCGAGAGUUCUCCUUAUACUACUUUUGAGGCCAACGCCUCAGACAAUAUCACCAGAAUUAGCCAAAUUAGUCGAGAAGUAUACAUGGGUUAGUGCACCGGAUCAAAAAACAAAAUCGUUAUUAAGCGAAGAGCUGUUUUUCCUUUUACAAUCUCUUGUCAUGGCAUGCCAGUGCCAGGAACUGGACGCUAUUAUCGAACUGGAAAGCGAUCUCUGGAAAUAUUUCUGCAACGAGCAAAAAGAGCUACUCGAGUGCAUUGUCGAGGAAAUGAACAAUUCAGAAAAAUGAGACAAUUCCGUGCCUGUGAUAGGAGAAUUUGUAUAUUAUUCAAAGCCGAUUUUAAUCUUUCUAUUUUCUCAAUAGCGUAUAACAAAAUGUAAUCGAAGCACAAAUAAACCAUUCAGUUCUUUUUGAUAUAAUUUUGAUGAAGACAAUUUUAGCAAAUAUUGCACUUGUAUUAUGGUCUGAGUCUAUUUUGUAAAUGAAGUACCUGAAUGUAUAAAUUAAUAAAUCUUUUAUAAAGUUUGUAUUUCA